GUUCCCAUUCCCACUGUCGUUCUCGCUUCACCUUCCGCCUUCCACCUCGCAACAUCUCCUCCUCCCCCUCACAUCCGCUCUGCAUCUUCGCUCGCCUUCGCUCCCCGGCCUUCUGCAAGCUCCACGACCAAGGCAGCUCCCCCGUCGAUUUCUCCGCGGCCUCGGCCUCUCGUUCCGAAGCAGCUCUUCGCCCGCCUCGAUCUUCCUUCCCUGCCCAGGCGACGCGCUCCUGGAUGACAUCCUUAUAAUGCUUUGCUCCUCGCUCACCGUGUGACCACUUUGACCCUUCCCCGCUCUCCCCUCGUUUGCCAUGGAGAGGAAGCGCAAGCUGCCGGCUCGGGCUGCCGCUCGCAGCGAGCAGGUCGCCAAAAAGCGCAACAUCACGCCUCGAGAACGCUCCGCGACGCCUGCAGCUCCCCCGCCACCACCCCCGGCGCCUGAAGAGCCCCCGCCACCACCGCUGCCCAAGUCGGUUCAAGCUGGCAAGCCGUUGCCUACCGUCGAGGUUGCGCAGACCGACGACUUGUCAGUGAAGGAGUAUCAGUCGGUGGGCGAGAGUGGUGUCCUCGCCGAGUCUCUCUCUCGAUCUCGGAAUAAAUGGAUCAGCGACGGUCUCUUCGCCAAAUACUGGACGAAGCCGCACAAGCGCAAGGGUGUUCUGAAUGAGGACCCGAAGAACCCCCCCAAGGACAGCAUGUCCAAGGUCGGCACCGUCACCAUUACCAUCGAGCCUCACAUGAUAGAAGCUACUAUGUAUGUGGUCAAGGACCCAAAGCCAAAGCCCAUUCCGCACGCCCAGCAGCCUCAGCAGCAGCCUCGUCCCAUCAUCCAAUAUGGCCCCCCGAACGGCUCGAUGCCUCCCCCGCUCGCACCCGCGUCCGCAACCGCUACACCAACACUAAGCGGCGCAACCGUUGCAAAGCCGGUGUCCCAGAGCCCAGCACAGUCUCCAGCACAACCACAGUCGCUAUCUCGACCCCCUCCGGAGAAAAUUGCUCCUCCGACACCCUCUCCUAAAGUCGUGGCACCUCCUUUGGCGAACACCACCACUCCCUCGCUGAGCCCGAGUUACCCACCGAGACCACAUGUGGCUGGACCACCUGUGGCACCUUCUGCAACGCCUCCCCAAAUGCCUCGGGCACCGUCCAACCCCCCACCGCAUGGCGGUGUCUCAGCACCCGCGCACUCUACCGGAAUUACCCCAGCUCCAGCGCCCUCAACACCCGUGGCUCCGAUGGCAGCCCCAAGGGCAUCGCCAGCUCCGCGUCCGCCCAUCAGUGCGCAUGCGACGCCUACGACUGGUGUAGCUAAACUGGCAACUCCUACAACGGCUCCUGCUGCGCCUGCUGCGCCUGCUGCGAAGCCCACAGCGAAUGACCCUGUUAUUGCUUUACUCGCACAAAAAGCUUCUGGAGACGCAGAGCUUCGCGACUUGAUGAAGAGAGUGGCUGUAGGCCAAGCUAAAGAAGGAGAACUGGCGCACUUUCAAAAGAUCAUCGACCAGCUAAAUGCCGAGUAUCGAAGCAGGGGAGGCCAGCAGGGACCAUCCGCAGACAGACUCCUUGUGGAUGGCAGGACAGUCAAGUAUUUUGCCGACGAGGUCCGAACUAUUCUCGACAUUGUCCUCGCCUCAAAUCCCAUGCAGAAAUCGUCAGAGCUCCGACCACCGCCCCGCAGCGACCCUCUGGUCGUUUUGUUGGUCAGGACGGCACUCGAGGACCUGAGAACGAAGGACAUGAUUCGGCGAAUUGCCGAAGGACGGCCGGGUUUCACCGAUGCAACGGAUCUCAAAGACAUUCUCGACAAGUUGCACCGAGAUAUGAAAGCUGUCCCACGUCCUUCGCCCGCACCAUCUCAAAUACGGCAGCAGACGCCAAAUGGGGUUCCGAAUGGUCAUGCGAGGACUCCGACUCCCCAAACUGUAUCGCAACACAACCCCCAAGCGUUACGUUCCAAGGGACCUCCGCCAACUCCAAAACCUGAUAUCUCGGCCGUCGUACUAGAUUUCGGGAACGGAGAUCGUUAUCUCUUCCCCAAAUUCAGCAUCCUGGAGUAUCUACCUACUUCCUCAGGCCAGCAGGUUGUAGCAUCAUUUCUGAUUGUGCGCAAGGGCAGUACCUCGGAGUACGGGGGAGACCCUGAGCUUGACUACUACCAACCCAUCACUAUUCGGCUUUAUACGCAGACUGGCCGACAUUUGGAGAACCUGGCAAGGGUGGUAGCUCCGCAAGAUGAAGUGCGGCGAUAUAUGGAUGAUGUGAUGGACAACAUGACACGUGCCGAGUACGUCCUCUUAGCCAUGAGACUACCCCGCGCCAUUAAGGAUGGCGAUAACGAUGGACUCGGCUCAGAAGAGCUCAAGACAAAUGGCUCGACCCCCAAGCCUGACGAGCCAGCUCAAGGACAGAAGAUUGUACCAAAGUCUUCGGUCCUCUGGGCUACCAAAGGCAAAUCAGAAACGCCACCUAUCGAGGGACACUCUCUCAGACCGCCCCGAGACCAGGAACAGGAGACUCAAGCCCGGUACCAGCGGCUGAUCAACUCAGUGGCUGCAAAGGAUAGAGAAGCUAUAUGAUGAGACGGUGGGACACGAUUUGGAGGCUGAUAUAUUGUGUACAUAUUUUUCAUGAUUGAUUGGUCCAAUUAUAUUAGGGAUGGGAUGGCGGGGCGAGAACGGAGCAAGGAGCGGGAAAAUUAUGCUUUAGGAUUGGCGCAGUGAUACUUUGGAAGCUCGAUGCUCGAGCGAGGACUAUUUUGUACGUCCACAUGGAUCGAAUGGCCUGGAGUUCUGAAAUGCCAGACUUUUAGAACUUACUUCUGCUCUCAUUCUUCACGUUGGGUUUACUUCUUGAAGCAGGCCUAGUUGUAAUCAUUGACCACGGAUCUACCCAUCCCUAAUCACUGCGUGUAUUCAUCAUGGCGUUCACAUGAACUAUGUAACCAUUGCAGGCCAUAAC